AUGGGCAAGCGCAAAUCCUCCAGCAAGCCUCAGGGUCCCAAGAAGAAGGAGAAGCUGCCCACGACCUUCCAGUGCCUCUUCUGCAACCACGAAAAUGCCGUCAGCGUCUCCAUCGAGAAGAAGUCGGGCGUCGGCAACCUGCAGUGCAAGGUGUGCGGCCAGACGUUCCAGACCAACAUCAACUACCUCAGCGCGCCCGUCGACGUCUACGCCGACUGGAUCGACGCCUGCGACGCGGUUGCGAAGCAGGCCGCCAAGGGCAAUGCCGACAUGUCGCGGAGUACCCACCGCAUGGGCCGCAUGCCCACAGCGCAUAACCACGACGACGACGACGGCGACGGGGGCUUCAUUGAGCACGACGAUGCAGAUGCCGAGGGCGAGUAUGCCGACUAG